CUCACCAAAGAAAAUUAAUAAUUCAUAUUGAACUUUAUGAGAGCGACUUGGUAAUCAUAAGAAAACGAAGAAAUAAUUAAUAUCACGGAGACCAUAUCAAAAGAUCAUAUGCUUAGAGAAUGGAAGAAACAUCUUCAAGAUUACGUCCUUACGUGGACUGGGAUAACGAGGAUAAAUAUUCAGUAGCGAAUAGUCAAGCACCCUUGCAGGGUGGCGAGGACGAACACCCGGAACGCGGAACCUGGACAGGAAAAUUCGAUUUUCUUUUGUCCCUUUUGGGAUAUAGCGUAGGCCUCGGAAAUGUCUGGAGAUUUCCGUAUCUUUGCUACUCGAAUGGCGGCGGUGCUUUCCUGAUACCAUUCACCGUAAUGCUCAUCACCGCCGGAUUGCCUCUUAUGUUCAUAGAACUUUCCUUAGGACAGUACGCUAGUCUCGGACCGGUGGAGGCUUACAAACAGUUUUGUCCUUUGUUUCGUGGCUUAGGAUAUGCAAUGGUUCUCGUUAGUUCCGUUGUCAUGCUCUAUUAUAAUUUAAUUAUCGCCUGGACGCUAUAUUACAUGUUUGCCUCAGUCAAUGGUGGUUGGGAGUUACCUUGGAGCAAAUGCGAGAAGGAAUGGAGCACCGAGGAUUGCUUUAUGCCGGACGCUGCCGAGGCUUGUGCCUCUCAAAAUGCUUCUUACUUCAAAGGAAAAUGCAUCAAUUCAACUCAAAUGACUGCGAUGGGUCUGAUCAUCGAGAAUAUAACCGGCGCUAUCAGAAAACCGCCAUCCGAGGAAUAUUUUCACAAUCAUGUUUUGGGGAUUAGCAGCGGAAUCGAAGAAACUGGUUCGAUUCGACCAUCUAUAGCAAUUAGCCUCUUCCUGGCGUGGAUCAUUGUUUUUCUUUGUUUGAGCAAAGGCGUACAAAGCUCAGGCAAAGUUGUAUACUUCACCGCUCUUUUUCCGUAUGUUGUUCUGAUUGCCCUUUUUAUUCGUGGAAUUUUACUUCCUGGUGCUAACGAGGGUAUACUUUUCUAUCUAACUCCUGAUUGGGAGAGACUCACAUCUGCCAAAGUAUGGGGAGACGCUGCCGUUCAGAUUUUCUUCGCUUUGAGUCCAGCCUGGGGCGGCCUGAUCACUUUGAGUUCUUAUAAUAAGUUCACCAACAAUUGCUACAAGGACUCUUUAAUUGUGGCGAUCAGCAACAUCGGGACUUCCUUUUUUGCCGGCCUGGUGAUCUUCUCGGUAAUCGGUUUCCUUGCUCACGAGCUCGACGUACCAGUGGCAUCGGUGGUAGAUGAAGGCGCUGGGUUGGCGUUUAUAGUUUAUCCAGAGAUUGUAGCUCGUCUGCCGGUCGCACCCAUCUGGUCGCUGCUAUUCUUCCUCAUGCUACUCACUUUGGGCCUCGAUUCACAGUUCGCUCUCAUGGAGACCGUCAUUACAGCAAUACUUGAUGGUGUUCCGUCAUUGAGAAGCUACAAAGUAUGGGUCGUCCUAGGGGUUGCGGUGUUCGGAUAUGCUGGUGGUGUCAUUUUCACGACCAAUGCUGGUAUGUACUGGCUGCAAUUAAUGGACAAGUACGCGGCGAGUACGUGUGUCCUGCUAAUCGCCCAAACCGAAUGUAUUAUUGUGGCGUGGCUGUACGGUGCGGAUCGCUUUUUGGAUGAUGUUCAACAGAUGAUCGGACCUCGAGGCCGUUUAUGGAGAUUCUUCUGGACAUGGAUGUGGAAGAUCGUCACGCCCGUGGCAUUGAUGUUUAUCCUUUGUUUUAACUGGUUUGAGUUGGAGCAGCUCAAAUAUGGAGCUUACAUUUAUCCGAUAUGGGCAGACAUAUUAGGUUGUGUUAUUAGUAUGCUUCCCGUUUUCGUAAUUGUUGGAUUAUUUAUAAAUCAGCUAAAGGGACGACGUUGGCGAUCAUCUUACGAUAAUGAUAAUGAAGAUGACAACGAUGAUGAGGAUGAGGAUGACAAUGACGAUGAUAACGAGCUUGACGAUAAGGGAUCUUGCCAAAAAGCGGAGAAAGAAAAGGGCAAGGAUAAGAAAAAGAACAUAUGGAACCGUAUACACAUAUUGUUGCAGCCAACAUCCAAGUGGAGACCAGCGUCGCAAAAUUCUUUGACGCCUUCCAGAACUUUGAUGGCUUCGUUAGAAGCGUAUGACCCGGUGCGGGAUACGAUUAUUUUGAUGAACGGUCAGCCGAUGAUGGUGCCACCACCCAGCGUCAUUCCAUCUGCUCAGAAACUCCCCGGACCGUCGAUUCUUAAAAAUUCUAGUAAAACCGAUCUGAUUACUUCACAGCAAGUGUGACACGACGUUCGUUUUACGUCCGAUGACGAUACCUCAAAAUCACGUUGAAGAUACAAUA